UGGGGGAGCCCCAGAACAGAGCCUGGGGGGCGGAAGAGCUGGAAGGGCCCAAGCGGCAGCUUUCACUUUCACUCUCCAAGGCGCGACUAAAGCAGGCGGCGGCGGUUCCUCCAUCCCGCUGGGCCCGGCAGCAGAUUAUCAUAUGUGGAAAUCAACGUAAGCAAGGCAAGAAUGGCAGCUUUAUUCUCUACUCUGCCAUUUGCAGAUAAAUCCUCUUUCAUGAUGAUGAUGAUGAUGACGAUAGGUGUUUUAAAUGUUGCAGUUUCUGUGAAUAAUGACCACAAUAGCAAGAACAGGGAGACAGCUGAUGUAGUGUCUGGCAAUGGAAGCAAACCGUUUCCGUGGGAUAAAAUAAGGCUUCCCAAGCAUGUCAUCCCAGUGCAUUAUGAUCUCCUCCUCCAUCCUAAUCUUACGACUCUAACUUUUACUGGAUUUGCCAGAAUAGAGAUUACAGUAAACCAACAAACUAGUUCAGUCAUCCUGCACAGCAAACACCUGCAAAUUACCAGGGCUACCAUCCAAAGGAGAAUGGGAAAUAGUCACACGGAAAAAGAAGUGAUGGUUUUGGAAUAUCCACCAUUUGAGCAGAUUGCCCUCCUGGCAGCUUUUCCACUGCAUGUUGGACAAAACUACACUGUUAGCAUUGAAUAUUCUGCAAAUCUGUCAGAGAGUUUCCACGGCUUUUAUAAAAGCACCUAUAGAACCCAGGAAGGAGAAGUGAGGGUACUUGCAUCAACACAGUUUGAGCCAACAGCUGCUCGCAUGGCUUUCCCAUGUUUUGAUGAACCAUCUUUCAAAGCCAGAUUUUCCAUUAAGAUUAGGAGAGAACCAAAGCACCUUGCACUAUCUAAUAUGCCAAUAGUGAAAUCUGUGAAUGUUGCUAAUUGGCUAGUUGAAGACCAUUUUGAUGUUAGUGUAAAGAUGAGCACUUAUCUAGUGGCCUUUAUUGUUUCGGAUUUUAAAUCAGUCAGCAAGAUGACCACCAGUGGAAUUAAGAUAUCGGUAUAUACUGUACCAGACAAGAUCAACCAAGCUGAUUAUGCCUUGGAUGCAGCAGUGAAACUUUUAGACUUCUAUGAGAAUUACUUCAGCAUUCCAUAUCCCUUACCCAAACAAGAUCUAGCUGCUAUUCCUGAUUUUCAGUCUGGAGCUAUGGAAAACUGGGGACUGACCACAUACAGGGAAUCUUCUUUGCUAUAUGACCCUGAAAAGUCCUCGGCAUCGGCUAAACUUUGGAUUACUAUGAUAAUAGCCCAUGAGCUGGCUCAUCAGUGGUUUGGAAACCUAGUUACCAUGGAAUGGUGGAAUGAUCUUUGGCUAAAUGAAGGAUUUGCAAAGUUUAUGGAGUAUGUGUCAGUCAGUAUUACUCAUCCAGAUCUGAAAGUUGAAGAUUAUUUUUUAGGCAAGUGUUUUGAUGCCAUGGAGGUGGAUGCAUUAAAUUCCUCACAUCCUGUGUCUACUCCUGUGGAAGAUCCAGCUCAAAUUCAAGAAAUGUUCGAUGAUGUUUCCUAUGAAAAGGGAGCUUGUAUUCUAAAUAUGUUAAGGGAUUACUUGAAUGCAGAUAUGUUUAAAGCUGGUCUUGUACAAUAUCUGCGGAAGUACAGCUAUCAGAAUACAAAAAAUGAAGAUCUAUGGAACAGUCUGGCACAUACUUGUCCUGUGGGUGACACCCAGGAAAGCCAACUACAAGGUGAUGGCUUUUGCACCAGAAACCAACAAACAUCUUCAAGUGCACACUGGACCAGGAGAGAGAUUCUUGAUGUGACGACAAUGAUGAACACUUGGACAUUACAAAAGGGUUUUCCACUAGUAACUGUCACAGUAAAAGGAAAGAAUGUCCAUCUGCAUCAAGAGCACUAUAUGAAGGGAUCAGAUUCUUCUCCAUCAACAGGGUACUUGUGGCAUGUUCCAUUAACGUACAUUACUAGUAAAUCUGACACUGUGCAAAGAUUUUUGCUGACAACUAAAACAGAUGUCCUCAUCCUCCCAGAAGAGGUAGAAUGGAUAAAAUUCAAUGUGGGAAUGAAUGGUUAUUACAUUGUGCACUAUGAAGAUGAUGGAUGGGAUGCUCUGAUUAGCCUUUUAAAAGAAAACCAUACAGCAAUUAGCAGCAAUGAUAGAGCGAGUCUCAUUAACAAUGUAUUCCAGCUUGUGAGUAUUGGAAAACUAUCAAUUUCUAAAGCUCUUGAUUUAUCUUUGUAUUUGAAACAUGAAUCCCAAAUUAUGCCUGUAUUCCAAGGUAUGAAUGAGCUGAUUCCUAUGUACAAGCUCAUGGAGAAAAGGGACAUGGAUGAUGUAGAAAAUCAGUUAAAGGGGUACAUAGUCAAUCUGUUUAAAGACCUAAUUGACAAACAGUCCUGGAAUGAUGAGGGCUCAGUGUCUGAGAGAAUGCUUCGCAGUUCCCUACUCCUGUUUGCGUGUGCGCGCAAGUACCAGCCGUGUGUGGACAAAGCAGAAGACUAUUUUAUGAAAUGGAAGGAAUCCAAUGGAACUUUACGUUUGCCCAAUGAUGUUAAAACUGCAGUAUAUGCUGUUGGAGCCCAGACAAUCGAAGGUUGGGACUUCCUUUUUAGUAAAUACAGGCUACCUUGGUUCAACACUGAGAGAAAUCAGAUUGAAGUUGCUCUCAGUAUUAGCAGAAAUAAGGACAAACUUCAGUGGAUAAUGGAUCAAAGUUUGCUUGGUGAUGUAGUAAAAACCCAGGAUCUUCCACAUAUCCUUGUGUUUGUUGCUAAAAACCCUUCUGGCUAUCAUCUAGCAUGGAAAUUUUUGAAGGAAAACUGGAAUAAACUUGUACAAAAGUUUGAACUUGGCUCACCUUCUAUAGCCCACAUGGUAAUCGGAGUGACAAAUCAAUAUUCUACAAGGGAACAGCUUGCAGAGGUGAAAGAAUUCUUCAAUUCUCUGGAGGAAAAAAGUUCACAGCUCCGCUGUGUCCAACAAGCUGUAGAAACCAUUGAAGAAAAUAUACGUUGGAUGGACAUAAACUUUGAAAAAAUCAAAAUAUGGCUACAAAAUAACAUGUGAAGGAUUUAUUAUUGCAUCUGGCUUUGAAUAUUUGAAUUUGAAUUACAAAACAGUGAAAAUUUCAAAAAAUCUAAAGCUUUUUUGUUGUUUUGGGGUGUGAUUUAAUUAAAGAGGUGAUGGCAUGGGCCCCAUUCUGUUCCUUUGUAUGAGAUUGACUAUCAAUUUCAAUAGGAGUAAGAUAGGGUUCUAUAUGCACACCUUCAAUCCAAUAAUAAACCAUCAUCCACAAUUGUUGAGCAAUAAAAAUUGGUCACUGUGGCCUGUGUAAACUGGGGAUUUUGAAUUCUAAAAUUGGAAUACUUGAAUU